AACAGCAACGACAACAUCAACAACAACAGCAACGACAACAACAACAGCAACAACAUCCACCACAACUAGAACAACAACGACAGCAAUACCAAGAUGGACAAUGACAGGAAACAUGAAUGUCGUACGAUACACUCAUACAGCAUCCACAUUAGCAAAUGGAUUAGUAUUAGUUGCUGGCGGAUUCAACGGUAGUAGUUACUUGAAUAGUACUGAAUUGUACAAUCCAUCAACAGGCACUUGGACAACCACAGGAAGCAUGAGUACCGCACGAGGAUAUCAUAUAGCAUCCUCAUUGGCAAAUGGAUCCAUAUUAGUUGCUGGUGGAUUGAACAGCAGCGGUGGUUAUCUCAGUAGUGCUGAGUUGUAUAAUCCAUCAACAGGUACUUGGACAACUACAGGAAGCAUGAAUAUCGCACGACAAUAUCACACAGCAUCUACAUUAGUAAAUGGAUU